GCCGGCGUCAGGAGCCGGGCGAGGAUCCUUCCACUGGCCGUAAUCAAAAGGCGGACUAUCUAGCGCUGGGAAGAUGCAGGCCCAGCUGAUAAAUUCUUAGUUAGAAAAGGACACGACGAGGGUAGUUCCUCGAUACAAGGAGAACUACGGCGACGAUUACUCUCACCCUCAAAGUGCGGCGUUUGACGAACUUCCGGUUCACUGUCGCAAACCGCUGUAAUGCGAAGUCCCGCCCUUUGACCUUUCGUAGGUGGGGAGAGGGCGGUGCCUAGUGAACGUCAGGACCAAUAGCGAAGGAAUGCUUUAAGGAUUAACCAAUGGGGAUGGGUCCUGGUCAGGGUCGGGACCCGGGUGCUCGCUAGGUGAUGGGAAGGCGCUCGUCCGGAACUUCCGCCCACGUGGGGAGCGGCGGAGGUGUGGGGCUUUGCGACUGGAGUUAUGGGGCCGGCAUCCCGAGGAGCAUCCCGACGUCGGGUUCCCCGGGACUCCGAGGUAAUAGAAUCUGCUGUGGAAGACAUGGAGUCACAGGAAAACAAGGAUAUUCCUUCCUCUAAGAAGCGUCGGACAGGGGCUCAGGAUGGGGGACUCCUGCCACCUGUGGAGCUGAGCCAGGCCCAACUGUACAAGGAACCCACAAAUGAAGAAUUAAGCCAGAUGAAAGAGACGGAAAACCUCUUCCACUCCAACCUCCUCCGGAUGCAGAUGGAGGAGCUGUUGAAAGAGGUGAGGCUGAAGGAGAAGAAGCAACAACGGAUUGAUGCCUUCUUGCAUAAAAUUAAGCAGCGACUUCUUACUGUCCCUUCAACCAAGGUUACUGAGAUGACAGACCAAUCCUGGCUGCCCAAAGACGUCAGAGUACCCUUCAUCCAGAAGCCUUAUUCUGUGAAAGGUCGCUUCCAGUUCUUGCCUCCCACUCAGGUUACUGUGGUGGGUAGCUACCUGCUGGGAACUUGUGUCCGACCAGAUGUCAAUAUUGAUGUAGUGUUGACUAUGCCAAAGGAGAUCCUACAGGAUAAGGACGGGCUAAAUCAGCGCUACCUAAGAAAACGUGCCCUCUACAUAGCUCAUCUGGGCCACCACUUGUCCCGGGACCCGCUCUUUGGCAGUGUCCGUUUCUCCUACACGAAUGGUUGUCACCUGAAGCCUCUGCUGCUUCUCCGUCCCGCAGGAAAGGAUGAGCGGCUGGUCACUGUGCGCUUGCACCCCUGUCCGCCCCCUGGGUUCUUCCGUCUCUGCCGCCUGCUGCCCUCCAAGAACAACGUCCGUACCACCUGGUUCUGGGACAAGACGAUUCCAGAGGAGGGCAAGGGUGUCCUGGAUACUCCUACCCCUCACUAUAAUACCUUGCUUCUCUGUGAUGAAGUUAUGGAAUCUCACCUUCACCUGCUGUCAGCCAUGCUUGCUUCCUCCCCUGGCCUCCGGGAUGGCAUUAUUUUGCUUAAAGUCUGGCUGCGACAGCGGGAUCUGCACAAGGGUGUAGGAGGCUUCAGUGGCUUCAUUGUUUCCAUGUUGGUGGCCUUCUUAGUAUCUUCUCGAAAAAUCAGCAAGUCUAUGAGUGGCUAUCAAGUGCUGAGGAACGCACUGCAGUUUCUAGCUGCCACGGAUCUGACAGUCAAUGGCAUCAGCUUAUGUCGUAGUUUGGAUCCAUCCCUGCCAGCUCUGGCUGACUUCCAUCAGGCCUUCUCUGUGGUCUUUGUGGAUCCAUCAGGCUACCUUAAUCUAUGUGCUGAUGUCACAGUUCCCACCUAUCAGCAGGUGCAACAUGAAGCCCAGCUGUCUAUGGCUAUGCUGGAUGAUAAGACUGUAGAUGGGUUCCAGAUGUUGCUUAUGACACCCAAACCAAUGAUUCGGACCUUUGACCAUGUUCUCCAUAUACAUCCCCUAAACUGUUUGUAUGCUGCCUGCCGGAGGCUAAAGAUGUGGUCAGAACUUCUAGACCAUGGAGGAGACUAUGUGGCUGCCAUACUUCCCACCUUGACUACCCUUCUGGAACGGGGCCUGGGCUCCCGGUUGAUCUUGUUGACCCAUUCUCGGGCCCCUGUGCCUGAGUGGGAAAUCAACCAGAACCCACCAAAGCACAAGGAUUGGGGAGGCUUGACGUUGGGAUUGUUACUGCGGCCUGAGGGACUAGUCAGUGUCCUAGAGAUGGGACCCGAAGCUGAUCAUCCAGAGGCUACUGAUUUCCGCCAGUUCUGGGGCCCACGAUCUGAGCUGAGGCGUUUCCAGGAUGGAUCAAUCCGGGAGGCUGUUCUUUGGAAGGCUGAAUCCAUGGCCGAGAAACGCCUCCUGCCCCACCAGGUGAUCACUCACCUCCUGAAACUCCAUGUAGGUAUACCUGAGUCCUAUGUACAUUAUGUGGGGGGCUCCCUGGACCCUCUGAUCAGAGUCCCCAAAGAGACUCACAGCACAGGCGAGGAGGCACUGGCCAUGGUUGUACGCUCCUAUGACCACCUGAGCCGCCAGCUUUGGGGGCUCAAAGGGUUGCCUCUGACUGUCACCUCUGUUCAGGGAGCUCACCCUGCCCUGCGAUAUACCGACGUGUUCUCCCCUGUUCCUGUUUGGUUCGAUCACACAUUCCAUGACCACCUGGAAAAACGGGAUGCACUGCUUCCUCGGUCCAGCAAGCCCUGCCCUGCCUUUGUGGAUCCCAUAAAUGUGGUGUGUCAUCUAGAGGGUAGUGGGCAAUGGCCCCAGGAUGCAGAUGCCAUCCAGCGUGUUAGAGCUGCCUUCCAGUUGCGCCUGGCAGAGGUGUUGAGUCAAGAGCAUGGACUCCAGUGUUCAGCCAAGGCUUCCCACACUGAUGUCUACAAGGACGGUUAUGUUUUUCGAGUCCGAGUGGCAUACCACCGGGAACCCCAAAUCCUAAAGGAAUCCUGUACCCCAGAAGGAAUGAUCACACUGAGGGAUACACCUGCCUCAAUCCUUCUUGAUCGGGACACGCGGCAACUGCCCCAGCUCACUAGUGCCUUACAUGGGCUUCAGCAACAGCAUUCAGCUUUCUCUGGUGUAGCCCGUCUGGCAAAGCGCUGGGUACGGGCCCAGCUCCUCAGUGAUGGAUUGACAGAGGAGAGCCUAGACUUGAUGGCUGCCUCCCUCUUCCUGCAGCCUGCUCCUUUUACCCCACCCAGUUCCCCCCAGGUUGGUUUUCUCCGGUUCCUGAGCCUGCUGUCCACAUUUGACUGGAAAAAUAAUCCCCUUAUUAUCAACCUGAAUGGUGAACUCACAGCUGAGGAUCAAGCAGAGAUUCAUAGCCAUUUCUUAGAAUCUCGAAUCCGCCUUCCUGUCAUGGUCAUUGCCACACCCCAAGAUCGAAACCACUCCUUGUGGACAAAGGACAAGCCCUCAGCUCAGAUCCUGCAUCACCUUGUGAACCUAGCAGCUAAAGCUCUGUCAGUCCUAGAAAACCAGUUGAUGACUCCUUCUAAGUCUGGAGAUAUCAGGAUGGUAUUCCGGCCGGCCCUGGAUGUUUAUGAUGUGCUAAUCCGCCUGAAUCCCCGGCACAUCCCCAGGCACCGAGAGGCUGUGGACCUACCUGCAGCUUCCUUCAGCAGAGGCCUCCUUCAGAGUGCUGACUCAUCCCCCCGGCUGCCCGUCCUCUGCUAUGACCCUCCAAGUCUCUACCUUGAUCAGCUCAGAAAGGCCUUUGGAGACUUGGCACUGUUUUUUUAUGAUCAGCAUGGUGGGGAAGUGAUUGGUGUCUUAUGGAGGCCUGACAGCUUCCAGCCACAACCCUUCAAGGCUACCAGUGUGCAGGGGAGGAUGGUGGUGUCACAGAGGGGAGAUCUGGUGACAGUGCCCAAUGUGGAGGCCAUUUUGGAAGAUUUUGCCAUCCUAGGCAAAGGUCUGGUACAAACUGUGGAGGCCCAGAGUGAGAAGUGGACAGUGUGAUCCCAAACUCCAGCUGCAUUACGCCGUACCUGGAGGGAAAGAUGGAGGAAAUUGUCUCUGAAAUUGUGACUGCCAUACUUUCAUCCCCAGUUGUUCCUUGGCAACCCUGGCCUCUGGCUUUGGGUUUGACCUCCUGAAAUCCAGGAGCAGCCCUCCUCAGAUCCUGACACUCCAGAAUAUAAUCUGCGGAAGGAGCGAGAGCAUCAGUUCUUACCUGAAAUGAACUCCUUUUUUUCUUAUUUUUUAAAAAAAUAUUUUCAUAAUUA